AUGUCGCCCCCUGUUUCUGCUCCCUCCAUAGGCGAUACUCGUUCGUCCGAGAGUCGCGGUUCGCUCGAACGGAAAAGACCUCGCCUGGACGAUGACUCGGAUAGCUCAGAUCAUGUUCGUUCGCGACCUUUCUCCUGGCAAUCAUCUGACCCGUUGGGGUAUGCAUUGAAUUCGACUGGGCAGUCUCGUCCCAUUGGCGUGGAAUCAAUUCUUAAUCCUCCCUCCAAGGUGCCGAGCAUCAAACCAGAAAACGGCUGGGAAAGUCAUGGGGAAGGACAGUCGACUGCAGCAUUAUCUUCACACACUCGACACCCCUCCUCGCCGACGAUGCAUCUUCCCUCGCCUACACUCCACCCAGCUAAGCGACUUUCCUCCUCUCCCGGGGUCAGAAACCAUCCGAUUAUAGCCCCUGCAUCGCCAUCAGCUCGAUUCCCUCCUCUCGGGGGUAGCUUGAGCUUGAAGGCUGGACCGGCCCAGUCUCCACUCUCUCAAACAUCACACCUGAGCUCGUACUCCAGAGGUCCCAGCUCGCCCCAUUAUAUCGACUCUGUUCCAGGGCACCCCGUAUCGACCUCCUCUCACCCGGGGUCAGCCCCAAUCCUGACCCGAGUCUCGGUGCAAUCAACUCCAACUUUCCAUAGCCGCCAAGUGAGUGGCAGCCACACCCCUCAUCCGAGUUCUCAGGAAACCAGUCCAACAACGCCGGUAUCGACUUACAGUCAAUUUGGUCGAUCGUCUCCGGCAAUAGCAGUGGCUCCCAUGCCACAUCACACACCUUCGUUCGGAAAUACUUCAUAUACGACAGGAGAUGCGGCGAGCCGGCUACCUCCUGCCAUGGCAGUACCGCGGCCUGGGGACGAGUCGGCUGAGCCACCACCCCCUGGCAUGAUUCCGUGUUUCGUCGAUACGAAAUCCGGCUCGUCGCAGCAGGCGGAGAAGCGGAAGGCUAACAGUGACGCCUCAAGAAGAUUCCGCAACCGCAAGAGGAACGAAAUGCAAAUGGAACAGAAGAUCACUGCGCAGCAGGACGAGAUAAGGAAGCAAGCCGAGGCUCUGCAGAGACAAACACAAGAGAUUCGGGCAUUGACUCAGGAGCGCGACUUCUACCGCUCCGAGCGAGACUUCUUCCGUGACCACUAUACUCGCCUGGUACCUGCAGGGCAGAUGCCUACGAGGCCAACAUCCCCGCAUGCGUUCCGCACGUCUUUUCUAACAGCCCCUGAUCAAGAUCGAAAGGCAGCUUGGCACGGACCCGAGGCAACUCGCGAAAGCCUGGAAUCCGCACGUGGGUCCGCAGCAAGCAGGACUUCGAUGGCCGAUUCGAAGAUGAUGCCCUUGUCGACGGCACGGCCACCUGUCACAUGGCCUACCUCUUCAGCCUCUUACGGCACGAUGCACGCAGAGCGGGGCAUCGUACCUGUUGAGAGACCCCCUAGGGAAUUAGCACACGUUUCUGGGGCAUGGACACGGGGUUCGUAA